AUGACCACCAACAGGCCUUUCUUUGGCGGCUUUCUGGCAGCCUUCCGGGCCCAGCCCACCGUACAGAAAGCUGGCGCAUCGCAGGCCGCCUCAGCAGCGUCCUACUCACACAACAACGCACCGCCCCAGACACAAGGCUACGAUGCCUCGAGUACCACACGCACGAUCACCACCAAGACACGAUCACCGUCACCUGGGGCGACAACGACAGUCGUUCACACAAGCGGCCAGUUCCAGCCCACAAGACAACACGCUACACCGUACCACCGCUCCACAUCACCAGUCCACGCCAAAGCAUUCCCCAUCCCAGGCGCAAAUCAAAGGAGCAGGAGAGGCUCUGACAGCUCUUCAGACGGCUUCAACGAGAUCAUGGGUGCCGAGAAGUGGUACAUCGGUGGUCGAACAGCAACUGGCGAGGAAAAGUUCUACAAGCUCGGCAUGGUGAAGCGUCACCGAAGCACGGAUCGGUUGAGUCUGGACAAACUCAGUAUAUAA